UCAUCAUAAUGUAUUUCAUACAAAAACUUUUAUUUUGUAUGUUUUUGUUCAAUUACCACAUCACUUUAAAUAAUUGUUAUGAUGGAGUUGUUGUUCAGUAUUACCCUUAUGAAAGUGAAGCCGGAAGUGAAAGGAUCAGGACUAAUAUUAAUGGAUACAGAAGGGAGUUGGAGGAGUUAAAAACUAAAAACAUUGGUGCUUCAAUUGUUGUCUUUCCCGAAUAUGGUUUGACAGGAAAAACUGCAGAACCAGAGAUUUACUCUAUGGAAUUACCAGAAAAUUGGAACGAUAAAAACCUAUAUCUUGAUAACAUAUUUAAACUGUCAGCUUUAGCUGAAGAACAUGAUGUAUAUUUGGUUGUAAACCUGUUGGAAAUGGCAAAACAAAAAGAAAACAACAAUGUUGACUAUUUUAAUACAAACGUUGUUUUUGACAGAAAAGGUUACAUUAUUAAAACCUACCGCAAAAUUAACUUGGGAGAAAAAGAAACCAACUUAACAGCAGGUAAUGAAGUGUCAAGUUUUUCCACAGAUUUUGGUGUGAAAUUCGGCUUAAUCACCAACGAAGAUUUAUUUUCCGUAAAUCCAUCCGAGUCAAUUUUACAAGAUGAAGCAAUAAAAGACGUGAUUGCACCAAUGAGCUGGGAAAAUCAUUUUCCAUUUGAAAUUUCGACUUCGAUUCAAAGCGGAUACGCCAAAGCAAAUAAUAUAAACGUUUUAGCUUCAAGUUUAAGUAAACCCGUCCUUAAAAUUUCUGGGGGUGGCUUUUAUGGGACAUACUCAACUAGUUGGAUAAGCGGAUUUAAUUCAACCAAAAGUGUAAACUUUCAAUCUGACAAAGUUGGAAAUUUGUCUUCAUUUGUAGGCAAAGCCGGUAGGGCACUUCCCAACGAAGACACACUAAAACCGUUAAACAUUACAAAUAAUAUUAAAAACUACGUUAACAAUAUCCAUACGGACGAAUUUGGGAUGGAUUCAAAAAAAGUGGAACUUAAUCUGAAUGAAGGAGCCACAUGUAUAGGAGAGGUCGAUUACACAGAUAAUUCGGACCAAGACAUUUUCAUCAGGGCGUCCCUGCUAAACACCACAAAACAAAUCGGCAGGAAAACCUUUAAGAUAGCCACAUGUUUGAUUUACAUGUGCGACAGCGAGGACAUCGAAACCUGCGGGAACCGACUAGAUAAAUACCCCAAUUUAAAAUACAACAAACUGAGGCUCGUAUUGGAAUUUACAAAAAAUCAACAGACGGACAUACAAAGGCCGUUAACCUACACCAACGAUCUUAAACCCAUAGAAAACUAUAGUUUCGUCAACAACGGAACAAACCAGUGGAUCAUUGAGGCGUCAAAUUUGAAUGAAGCCGUACUGGUUUUUGGAAUUGAGACUCGAACCGAAAUAGUAAACGAAUUAAAUCCGAAUUCAGCACCGAGAAUUAAUGUCACACUGUUUUGUUUAGCAGUUAUGUUGAUCAUUAUAAAAGUGGUAAAUUAAAUGUUAUAUAUAAAGUCCAACAAAAAACGAGAUAUUAAAUGUUAUCGAACAUUUGUGACAUACCUUACUCUAAAAAGCUGUUCUCUCCAUUGACUUGCAAGCAAAAUUUUUUAGUUUUAGUUAUAAUUUAUUUACUAGUUCAUAGUUAUAUACUUUAAGCAAAAAAAAAAACACCUAGAAGUAGAUUUAUAUCAAGUUUUUGUUUUAGAAAAAUAUUAACCUAUUACAGAAUAAUAGUUGAUUAAAAAAUUUAACAAAAAUCUUAAAGCAUAAAGUGUCAGAAGCUAAUGAUGGGUCGAACCCACUCUUUGAUUAAGUCAUCCCAUCCCAGAUGAACUGAAUCUGAAGUCACAUCCGUGGAAGCCGAUGUAAAUUCCUUCCCCAUCAUAUCCCACACAUCUUCGAUUGGUGAAAAGUCUGAAGAUCUGGGUGGCCAAAGAAGUAAAUUCACAUAGGAAGCUUCUAGGAAGUUUAGAUAUCUUCUUAUGUAGGGAAGAAAAUAAGGCUCAGAAAAGUCAUCCGCAUAUCGCAGGGACAUCACAUUGCCGUUGAUGAAAACUAAAGGUGACCUGCUACUAUAAGCAAUAGCAUCCCAUACCAUUAAACUCUCCAUAGCAAAGCUAGAGUCACGUCUUUCUCCACGUCCACCGUACAUAGAAAAAGCGUGGUUCAUCACUAUACACAUGAAUGAUUACAAGCCCAAAAAAAGGCGAUAAAUCCUUAGACCGACCUUAUAUGGAGGAAAACAGAUCGAAUACCAAUUGACCUACCAUCAUCGGCAAAAAAUUCAUCAGCAAUAAUCCACGUCGAAUUCUUCCUGUCCCUUUGGGCCAAUAUCUAAGACAAUGAUCUUGUGGCUCUGUGGUAGCUCGUAAUACGUUCUGGACGUUUUUUUCAGUUAGUAUAGUUUUAAAAUAUAUAAUAAUUAAGUAAAUAGUUGUAGUAUUUAUUCUCAA